AGGGGCAGUGGGAGCCCCAGCCCCGCGGCGCGGGUUCAAGUUUCCACCAGCGAGCGCUUGUGCAACAGCCAAAAGAGCAGGAGCCGAGGGCGCCUCGGAAAACAAGCCGAGCCUAUAAACAAAGCCACGUGGCCUCCGGGCUGGGGGGGCCGGGCUAAGAGCAGGCGCCUCUUCCGGCAACAAAGAGCCGCGGCCAGCGGCCCGGGAUAAAUACGGCGGCCGGGACAGCGGCGCAGCACUCCAGGGAGCCCCGCGCGCCCGGCGACCCUCCACAGCGCCCCCCGCGAGCGCAGGUACCCCGCUCCGCACCCCCGAUCCCGCAGCCCUCCACUCGGGCUCCCUGCAGCCGCUCCCUCACCGGCCCCGGCACCCCGAGCAUCCGCCCAGGGCGGCGCGUCCCCAAGGCCGCCGGGCCAGUCCCAUCCAUCAGUCCGUCGCGUCCAUCCGUCGCGUCCGUUGGCAGUGCCAUGCCAUUCCUGGGGCAGGACUGGCGGUCCCCCGGGCAGAGCUGGGUGAAGACGGCCGAUGGCUGGAAGCGCUUCCUGGAUGAGAAGAGCGGCAGCUUCGUGAGCGACCUCAGCAGUUACUGCAGCAAGGAAGUAUACAAUAAGGAGAAUCUUUUCAACAGCCUGAACUAUGAUGUUGCAGCCAAGAAGAGAAAGAAGGACAUGCUGAAUAGCAAAACCAAAACUCAAUAUUUCCACCAAGAAAAAUGGAUCUAUGUUCACAAAGGAAGUACUAAAGAGCGCCAUGGAUAUUGCACUCUGGGGGAAGCCUUCAACAGGCUGGACUUCUCGACUGCCAUUCUGGAUUCCAGAAGAUUUAACUACGUCGUACGGCUGUUGGAACUGAUAGCAAAGUCACAGCUCACAUCCCUGAGUGGCAUUGCCCAAAAGAACUUCAUGAACAUUUUGGAAAAAGUGGUACUGAAAGUCCUGGAAGACCAACAAAACAUUAGACUAAUAAGGGAACUACUCCAGACCCUCUACACGUCCUUAUGUACACUGGUCCAAAGAGUCGGCAAGUCUGUGCUGGUCGGGAACAUUAACAUGUGGGUGUAUCGAAUGGAGACAAUUCUACACUGGCAGCAGCAGCUGAACAACAUCCAAAUCACCAGGCCUGCCUUCAAAGGCCUCACCUUCACUGACCUGCCUUUGUGCUUACAACUGAACAUCAUGCAAAGGCUGAGCGACGGGCGAGACCUGGUCAGCCUGGGCCAGGCAGCCCCUGAGCUGCACGUGCUCAGCGAGGACCGGCUCUUAUGGAAGAAGCUCUGCCAGUACCACUUCUCCGAGCGGCAGAUCCGCAAGCGAUUAAUUUUGUCAGAUAAAGGACAGCUGGAUUGGAAGAAGAUGUAUUUUAAACUUGUGCGCUGUUACCCACGGAAAGAGCAGUAUGGAGACACCCUUCAGCUUUGCAGACACUGCCAUAUUCUUUCCUGGAAGGGCACCGAUCACCCGUGCACAGCCAAUAACCCAGAGAGCUGCUCCGUUUCACUUUCACCCCAGGACUUUAUCAACUUGUUCAAGUUCUGAAUCCCAGCACAUGACAACACUUCAGAAGGGUUCCCCUGCUGAUUGGAUGGUUGGAAAUACAGAGUUUGGACGCUUCAUUUGUAAAUAGUGUACAUUUUAGACAUUGGCUCAAAACUUCUGAGAUAAGCCAUUGAGAGGACGUUGGAGGGGAGAGAUGCAGUUGCUGGCUGGGAGUUUAAGCAUAUGGACUUCUCAUUAGAAUUGGUAUGGAAAAGCAGAAAUACUGUAAAUAAACUAUUUUUCCUAAUGAUUUGCCAGCAAGACUAUAAGGCAGGAAUUCUAUUUCAUCGGUGAAAAUGGAUUUCUCUUGGCGUUCACUGAGACUCCUUUAUAGUUCCCUAGAGAUGUGGGAGAAAGGGGCAAAACUCAAAUACAAGAUAGAAUGCUCUUUGUUUACAAUGUGAAAAUGUGUUGGAAAAAAAAAAGAAGAAAAACUACAUAUGAGAAAUCCCUGGGCUGUGGGUUUUGAUCUGGAGUUUGUUUUGAAAAGGCAAAGGAAGCACCACUCAUCUUAAACCCGCGUGGGUAUAGGGCCUUAUCUUCUGAAGAUACCACACAAUAGUCUACCUCGGAAAGCUACAAUACUCGCUCUGACAAAGCGCGUGGUCCAGUAGGCAGUCUCUGUUUUUCUUGUUUCUUCAUCAUCUACAAAGUGAUUUAAAACAGGAAGAGAUGUUGGAGGCAAUCCUCAUCAUGCUUCAGGCUUCCUUUUUAGACGAAUGGGACACUCUUUGGGGUUGCCUCUUUUCUAGAACAACCCCAAAGCAUCUAUGCCUUUCUUCCUUCCAUGUUGUAGCUCAUUCGGGACAACAUCAUAAGGCCAAUUAAAAACAGUUCAAGAGGAAAUCCUGCCACAGAAAAGAUGGAAUUAGUCACCCAAUAGCUGUGAAGACUUUCUUAUUCCUGUUUAACUUCUUGGCUUGUCUGGGCUUCCUGGGGUAUCUUCACGGAUAAGCCUAUCCCUGGGGACUGUUUGGAGCCAGAGUACUGAUAAAGGCUUGUAAAACAGGUUUUACCUAUCAGCUGCUGUUCCUCUUGGUGGGUGAUAGUUGAGGAGUGUUCUUUACAUGCAACACCAAAAUUUAGUCAACCUGAGGAAGGGCUCCUUGUAAGGAUGAUAAAGUAAAGCCUGGCGUUCCAGCCAGAUAGGAAGCAGAGGUACUAUGAGUUCAUCCUUAACUUGCUCCCAACCCCAGGGGAACUUGCUAGGCCAAUACCAGCAGGUAACUAUGUGGAAGAAGGAAAUCUCAGGACUUAAGGAGUCAAUAUUCCUGGGAGGGAAUGGGGGAUGUUUUUGUUUUUUACUUUUUAUAGAACUUUGCUUUUCUACAACAAUGUACAUAUUUUUGCAAUUGUAUUUGCUUUCCUUUUUUUUUUUUUUUUCGGUAAAUAAAGUGGCCACCCAGCAUGACCUUGGCACAUAAGUGAAGCAGAAAUAGGAACUCGGUUCACAGUUACGUUGAGGAGCAGUGUAUUGUUAGGGGUUGAAUUUGGGGUGACCUGAAAUGGGGAGAGAUGGUUAAGAAUGUACAGAGACAAGCCAAGGGACCAACUAGUGAUGCAGGACCCCUUCACGCCCUUCCCUCAAAGCACAACCCAAGUACCAGCAUCCGGAAGGGAACUCGACCACUAGUUGAUGUCCCUCACUUUGCAAGGUGUGUGCCUACACCAGGAUUUCUUAAUAUCUUUUUUCAUCACCACCCCCCUGAAGAAGAAAAAAGUAAAUUGUUUGUUUCAAUUCUGAGCAAAAGUAAAUACUGAAGAAUAAGGUCUUGUUGGGUAAGGUUGAGCUUUGGAGGGCCACAAACUACUGUAAUAUCUCUUCUCCCCCGGAGUCAAGGCCGCACUGAGAAUGCGGGGUCCAGACCAUGGAAUAAAAAGCUCUGUCUUCCAUAAUUCAGGCAGGUUCUCACAAAGGUCUCAGCUUCCUUAAAGAUGUGGGUGGAGCUGGGACUGUCGUUGCUGUGAGGGCCCUGGAAACUUUGCCUCUGGCACUUUUUGGCGUUCAUGGCGUUCCACAUCUUCCCCCCAACUCAUGGCCUCCACCUCUCCAUGCUGAGGGAGCGGAUGAGGCUCCUCGGCACCUUCAGGUUUGCAGGCCCAGAAAUGUCGCCUGCUUUGACUGUCAGCACAAAACUGGCGAACCAGUGUCACUUGGACUGUCCGUGGUGCUCAUGGCCGCAUAGCGUGCCCCAGGCAGCAGGAGCAUCUGUGCAAAACGACCCUACCACAAGGGACAGGCUUAACGGUUUUCUGAAAUGUCUACCCAGAUGGUGACUCGGGGCUCUCCCCAUCUCCUUUGGCAUAAUUGCAGGUGGUGUGUGACAGAGUCAAGGAAAAUUUUUAAGGAAAAGAAAAGAAGAAACCAACAUUUGUGGUUCCCUUUCAUUGGAAGAGGAGAAUAAGGAAGGAAAUGGCAGGUGGAGAGGGAAAGGGGAAGGAAUAGAAGUGGCAUGUCUUUGAUGCUGUGGUUUGUGGGAGGGCAGUGGGGAAAAAGAGCACAGCAGCUGUGAGCAUCUGUGUUGGUGCCACGGGGUGGCUGUGAAGCAUGGCCAGAGCCACACGUAUAAGUAAAGCGAGUUAAAAAGAAAAUGCUUGGGCCUCCCUGGUGGCGCAGUGGUUGAGAGUCCGCCUGCCGAUGCAGGGGAUACGGGUUCAUGCCCCGAUCUGGGAGGAUCCCAUAUGCCGCGGAGCGGCUGGGCCCGUGAGCCAUGGCCGCUGGGCCUGCGCAUCCGGAGCCUGUGCUCCGCAACGGGAGAGGCCACAACAGUGAGAGGCCUGCGUACCGCAAAAAGAAAAUGCUUGUUCCCUGGGCACUAACCGUCUAUAGAAUUUCUAUUGGCAAACCCUCCCAGGACAAAGUGACCUAAAAAACAAAAACAAAGAAUCUCUGUCUCAGAACUGCUGUUCUAAAAGCCAGAAGGGACAUGACGAUGGAAAGUGCUGGAAGAGACAGAAUGCUCUACUGUCUUUGCUGUACCUACCUACCCCCACCCCAACUCUGUAAAGGAGAAUUUAAAAUUGAUGUCAAGUAUGAAAGUAAUCUGGACUUCCAGAGAAGGGAAGAGUUUUGUCCGGGACAGUGGAAGCCGAGCCACAGGGAUGUUAUGCUUUGGUUCGACACACAGGUUUCCGAGCAACGAUCCUAGAGUUUCUUGAGAAGAAGGCACAGCAUUUGAGGAAAGGAGAAGAUGCGAAGCUUAGGAGGGCUCAACGCAUAACAAGAUCCAGACAUUUUAAACUAGAUGGUGUUAUUACUCAAUGCUGUUACUUUUAGUGGAUGGACCAGUCACGUGGGAGGAUUGUGGCAGCAACUAUAAUGUGAAAGCAUCCCCAGUUUUGAGAUCAAAAGGGUCAGCUGUAAGAUGACCUGUGUUUAGUGAUGAUCCAUUUUAUAUUGAAGUGGCUCAGAGGAGAUAUUGAUAUUUUAGGUGGGCUGCAAAGCUGUCAAGGCGAGAACGGGCUUUACUUGGCAACGGUGAAGGAAGGUAAUGAGUGUGUACAUUGCCUUAUUGCCACAGUUCUCUCUUCAAAAACUGUUUGGGAGCUUGCAGUUAACACAGGCUCCUUGUUUCCGUUGUUUUUAUGUGGGAGAAGAGAAAGAGCUUGUAAUUUCAUUUGUCUAAGCAAGUGGUGUGAUUUACAAGAAGUUCAGUCAUUUCAAAAGCAUAUCAUUCUUAGUGUUCAAUACAAUGUUUAUCAUAAAAUAGGCACCUGAGUUUAUAUAUUCCUGCCAGGCUGAAGGGCAAUUAUGUCUUGCUAUGCAAACACGCUAUUUUACGUGUGAAUUUUUUUAACUGUAAUAAUUUUAUGUGUGAAUUUUUUUUAAACUAAACUCUAUCAUCAUCUUCUAUGUUGACAUCUGUUGUUUUUCGUGUUUUCUUGUUUUAAUCUGUUUCCAACUCUCCGAGUCUGUGAACCAUCCUCUGACUGGAUGCUGGCCUAAAAUCCUAUUAGUGUUUAAACAGACCUCAGAAACACCCUCAACCUGUAGGCAAACGCAGAGAUGGGGCUCUUUGAUAUAUCUCGGGCCCCUGAUGUCUUCAACAAACAAGAUCGUAAUUCCUUUAAACUCAGUGUUUUCUGUAGAUGCUUUCUUCUCCGUUUUGUUAAGGAGAGUCAACCCUCGUGGUUUUUCCAAAGGAAGGAAACUCCUCCCCCAGACUUGAGCGCUGGGAGGGAGGCUAGAAACGCUGGAGUCUGGCAUUCCUUCUGCCUUUCAAAAUGAGGUAGUGGGUGCAGAAUAUUCAGGUGACAUGCCUCAACCCACCGGGCGCUCAGCAGUGGACCUGAGCGUAAACUUGGGACUUUCUGAGGCCUUGACUUUGUACCCCCUGCCCCAGCACCUUUUGUUGUGGCUGGACACACGUGACACCUGAGCUGAUUCUUCUCAAGAAGUUCGCUGUGGAAGGCACGUUCGUGUCCAGUGUUCGGUGUCUGGCCGUUAACUUUUAAAGACAUUUUAAGUCCCUGAUUCUUCCUGGAGAAGUUAAGGAGUUGCUUAACAUUGUUACAGACUUCUGACUCUGCUGUGAGUACGGCAUACUAGUGAGUACAACCUGCUUGCCACAAGGUAAGCAGCAUAUUUUGACAAGUUUAUUUUUCCCUGGAUAAUUAGAUUUUAAGUAUAAAGGUGGCCCCUGAGACACAUAAUGGCUGAGCAGCUGGCUUGCUUUCUAGAAACUGAGGUUCUGAUGGUAACCAAGCAGGUAUUUCCUCUCCCCUUAGACUAAAAGGUACAUUUAAUCCAUCCCUUCCAUCUCCCUGGUACCUGCUGUGAGAUCCAAUAAGCUUCUACCCAGUGGAAGAUCACUCUCUGCUAAACCUCACAAGCAAAGGGGGAUUGUUCCAUGAGGCAGCGAGGAGCAAGGGACCACGAUGUUCAUGACUUUGUCUGCUAGACAUUUUUCAAAGUGUCCUUGAACUCAGCAAACAAAGCUUUCUGAGAGAUCUCUCAAAACUCAGGCCCUGCUCCGUCUGGCCAAAAAUGGAUGGCUGCUUCAAAACUCUGAACUUCUUGAAACUCCAUCUGCUACAACAUUACUUCUGGAGUUUGAACAUGACUUCUUCUGUCUUUGAGUAUAGAAAUGUUUGUUUAAUUAAUGAUACACAAGUCUGUUAAACAGAAGGCUCCAAGCAGUGCUCUAUGCUUGAGAACACUUGGCGCCAUCUUUAUUCUACCAAGUGCCAAUCACCCUAGCCAGAGGGGGUGUAUAUUAAAGUCCAUGUCCUAAGCUUUAGAAGCUUUAAAGUACUUUUUUAAUUAAAAAUACAAUAGGGGAUUGAACAUUUUAACUAAAAGUUUAAGGUUAGACCAAUUACAUGCAAAGAUGUUUAUUUAAUAUUGUGUGAGCUGAGUCUUUCUGUAUAAAUUAUUUGCACUCUUUUCUUGCAUGAUGAACUGAUUUCUUUUUUUAUAGUUGUUUGUACCAGA